GACAAGAAAAAGGGUGAAAAGAGACAGGUUUAGUCUUUUAAGCCAUAGCCAAUAAUACACUUAUUUGCAGAGACAGAGGAAGAGAGAGAGAAGAAACAGCCAUGUUUUGAGGAAGGAGACAUGCAUCAUCAUCUUCUCCAGCUUGUUACUUAACUUCUCUUUCUCUCCAUCUUUUACCAAAUCUAGACACCAAAGGCCUUUUUCCUUUGGUAACAUUAGCUUAUCAAGAAGACAAUGCAAGUGUUCCAAAGCAAAGAUUCAUCUGGGUCUACUUGGGAAAACUCAAACAUUCAAAGAUCUCAAUCUUUCAGCUUGACAAAGAACAUGAUGAUGAUGUCUACUACACAACUCCCCAGCUCGAUGAAACAUUCGAGUUUGCAGCUGCAAAAUCAAGAUUCUUCCUCAACGCAAUCUACUGGAGAAUCAGGCGGUGGUGAAGCUGCAAGCUUUGGAGAACCUAACCGUUAUGGAUGCAACAGUAUUGUUGCUAAUACCAAUCUCUCAGGUUAUAAUAAGUCAACAACCACCUCGUCGAUGGUGUCUCAAGAGCCUGUGUUUCCUCCUACUUGUGGUCCACCAUCUUGGCCUCUUCAGUGUGCUGAAACAUCACAUUUCAAUGGUUUCUUGGCUCCUGAAUAUGCAUCGCAACCAACGGCGCUGACGCAUUUAGAAAUGAUGGGUUUGGUUACUUCAAGAGUGCCAUUGCCUCAUAACAUUCAAGAGAACGAGCCAAUAUUCGUCAAUGCAAAACAGUACCACGCCAUUCUACGUCGCAGGAAGCAUCGUGCUAAGCUUGAAGCUCAGAACAAACUCAUCAAAAGCCGUAAACCGUACCUUCAUGAGUCUCGCCAUCUUCAUGCUUUAAAGAGAGCCAGAGGCUCUGGUGGACGUUUCCUCAAUACAAAGAAGCUUCAAGAAUCAUCAAACUCACCACUCUGUUCUUCUCAAAUGGCAAAUGGAGAGGGCUACUCAAAGAGCUCGACCACACCAAGCUCCAGUUCAGACCGUAACAACAUGUUCCAGAACACACCGUUCAGAUUCUCAGGGUAUCCAUCAACACACCAUGUCUCAGCUCUCAUGUCAGAGACUUGAGCCAAUGUGGGAAGUCAUCCUUGGCUAUAAACUGUUACUGCUUCUUUAUAAAAUUUCUACUUUCAAAAACUCUCUGUUUUCAUCAUCUGCAAUCUCAACUCUAUAUAUUGAAGUAACUUUCAUAUCAUUUGUCAUCAAACUAUUUUGUUAGUUAUAACAUUUUCGGAUUCUCUUUUAA